CUGUAAUGUUGUUCUGCAGUGUGGUCACCGAGCGGAGCAGUUUCAGACAACCGGUUCCCCUCAUUCAGCUGACCGAUCUUGUAGAUCGGCAUCUUGCCAGCCAGCGUCAUGACAACCUGAACCCAAGUGAUUCAGUGUCUGUGGAGGAAAGCUGUAGAGGUGGACAAUGAACGACAAGCUGGUAUUCCUGGGCCUCCUGUACUUUGUCCAGGGGAUCCCAUACGGCCUCCAGUCCUCCCUCCUCCCCGUCUACCUGCGCGGGGCCGGCCACUCCCUCACCCGCAUCGGCCUGACCAAGGUUCUGUACUUCCCCUGGGUGCUCAAGGUUCUGUGGGCGCCGCUAGUGGACAGGGUGGGCACCAAGCGGCGCUGGCUGGUAGGGACUGUCUCCGGCCUGGCCCUCACCUGCCUCACCAGCGCCGCCCUGGCUCCCGAGGCGCACAUCUGGGGCGUGGUGGGCACGCUCCUGGCCAUGAACGCCCUGGCGUCGGUCCAGGACAUCGCGGUGGACGGCGCGGCCGUUGGCCUGCUGAAGGGGCGCAGCGAGCUGGGGCUGGGGAACACGGCGCAGGUGGUGGGCUACAAGGCGGGCUCGGUGUUCGCCGGGGGAGGGCUCCUGGCCGUCAUCGACGUGGCCGGCUGGGGCUGGAUGUUCAUGCUGCUGGCGUGCGUGUACUGCGGCGUGGCCCUGUUCGUGUGGGGCGCCCCCGUGCUGGACGACGACUGCGUGAGGAGCCAGGCGGAGGGGAGGAAGGGCGGGGGGGACGCAGUUCAUCCGUGGAGGGUGUGGAGGAAGCUGAUGGCCGUGCCGGGGACCCCCUGGACAGUGCUGUAUGUCCUCACAUACAAACUUGCUGGCAUAGGUUUAAACAAGCACAUUACACAACUGGAAACGGGCCGCAUGUUUCCUACGCUGCGGCUGUGCUCGCUGUACGUGGGCACAUGA